UAACCGGAGGAACAGUCUAAUCAUCUCUGUAAUCUUUAAAAAUAGUCUUGGUGAAGUUACACGGGUUUUUAAGGGUGUUUUUACGGUAUUAAGACAGAUUAACAAGAUUUCUUCACUAUUAACCGGAGGAACAGUCUAAUCAUCUCUGUAAUCUUUAAAAAUAGUCUUGGUGAAGUUACACGGGUUUUUAAGGGUGUUUUUAUGGUAUUAAGACAGAUUAACAAGAUUUCUUCACUAUUAACCGGAGGAACAGUUUUGAGAACCCGAGUAGUCAUCUCUCUAGCCUUUAAAAAUAGUUUUGGUGAAGUUACACGGGUUUUUAAGGGUCUUUUUACGGUAUUAAGACAGAUUAACAUGAUUUCUACAUUAUUAACCGGAGCAACAGUCUUGAGAACCCGAGUAGUCAUCUCCAUAGUCUUGGAAAAUAGUCUUACACGGGUUUUUAAGGGUGUUUUUACGGUAUUAGCGACAGAUUAACAAGAUUCCCACAUCAUUAACCGGAGCAACAGUCUUGAGAACCCGGGUAGUCAUCUCAGUGGCCUUGGAAAACAUUAGUGGCGAGAGAGCGAGGCGUUUCAGAACACGACCAGUCAAUCUCGAGUCUCGCCUGCCGCGGUCCAAGCCAGGGUGGGAUGAGGGAAGCGGACGCGACUCUCCCCAAGACGAUCAUUUUGCCUCACCAACUUCGGGGUCGGUGCGGCGUGAACCAGCUGGGGGGUCACUACGCCAACGGCCGCCCGCUGCCCGCCGUCACCCGCUGGCGCAUCCUGCAGCUGGCGCUUCUCGGUUACCGCCCCUGUGACAUCUCCAGGCAUUUGCUGGUGUCCCAUGGCUGCGUGUCCAAGAUUCUGGCGCGCUUCGCCGAGACUGGCUCCAUCCUGCCGGGCGCCAUAGGCGGCAGCAAGCCCCGCGUGUCCACGCCGGCAGUGGUGGCCACCAUCAGGCAGUACAAGCGGCAGAACCCCGCCAUGUUUGCCUGGGAGAUCCGCUCCAAGCUGGCCAGGGACGGCAUCUGCCCCCACGCCCACCUGCCCUCCAUUUCCUCCAUCAACCGCAUCCUGCGCGCCACGCACCCACACCUGCCUGAGGGGCGAGGCAUGCCUGGCGACAACCUUCCACUUGCCUCCUCCAGCCUGCCCUGCGUGUCUCCUCCCUCCACCAGCGGCCCUGCAGACUCCUUCCCUCCCCCCGCCGUGCCUCAGGCCUGCCUCACCACCACCUCGCCGCCAGCGCGUCUUGCCACAGACGCGGCACUCUCUCCCUCACGAGAGGCACAGCGGGGCAGCGGCGACUCAGCCACCUCCACUACUGACGCCGCCACAGGCCCGUCCCCUCCCUGCCUGCUGCACCUCCCCGGCAGCAGUGGCGGCCAGGCGUGGACAGGGGAACACCUCGUGGCUGCUGCAGGAGGGUUCAGCGGCGCCCUGCACUCCGCAGCGGCGCGCUAUUCAGAUCACCGCGUGGGUUUCCUGAGCGGACAGCUGCGCCCGCUGCCGCUGUCUGCACUCAAAUUUGACGCCUUUGGGGGAAGUCCCGGGUGUGUGGAGGGAGGCAGCGAGUCCCCACACGCCGCUCUCACCGCUAAGGGACCCCCACCACCCCCCGGCCUUCACAGCAUCCUGCAGUCCUCUUAUCCCUUCAGAUUCCCAAAAACUCCGCCAGACACCAUCUUCCCGUUGCCGCUCACCUGCCCUGCGCCGCCCACCCAGCCUCACCACACCUUCCCUAGCACAGAUCCUCCCUCACUUCCUAACUCAAGCCACCGCCUGCAUCUCGCGCCCCACGCCUCGCCACUAGUGCUCCAAGACAUCAGUUUGAUAGGCAGCCCACGGAGAACACUUCAGGAUGGCCCGCCCCUGCCAGACCCGCCAGCACCUGACAUGCCUGCGGAGUCUGGCGUCGGUGUCGGCACGCGAAGGCGUAGCGUGAUGGCCUUUACUGAAAAACUUUCCUUCAAGCCCUGUACCGUCCCCUGCAAAAGGAAAGUGAGCUUAGAGGCGCCAGACGCUGCUCCUUGGCCACACGUCACUUCCGUCUCCUCACCAGCUGAUUUGUCAGAGGAAACUAUCAGCUUGCCCUCCCUCACUGCAACAGCUGAGCCGCAAAGACCAACACCCGGCCAUCCCAGUCCCAAGCCUCGCAUCUGCCUCAGGAUCAAGAGGUGCAAGGUGCAGAGGGACACGGAGGGCGAAAAAGAACAAAGUGACAGGAAGGACGUGAAGGUUGAGAAGAGCUUGGCGGAGUACGGCGUGGAGAGGCUGAGUGUAAGUUUGAGUCCCGCGGAGGUUGGUUCUCAUCCUAUCGCUGACAGGAUGAGAACCAACACUCCCCAUGAACUCCCAGACAACCACCUACAACCAAACAGUUUCCCAGGGAUUGUCACGUGUCCCGUGAGUCAACACGAGACCAGGGCGCUGAAAAGUACAUCCCUGCCGCAGUGCGAGGGCGUGAGGGAGCGCCCCGCCCCUACCAGUCCUCAGGGGGCGAUCAAGCCAGUGGGGAGUGGAGUGGGGGAAGACAAGCAUGACAAGUCACCACCACCAUCACCAUCACCACUGUUUACUUCGGCAGGAGAGAGGAAAGACCUGAAGUUGAGUCAUCAGGUCUGUGUACAGGGCCUUCACACAAGUGACCGAGGCUCCUCCCCCAGCACCGCCGUAGAAAUCAACACUGAGGGGCGGGAACACGUGUCAGGCAGCCGCUGGGGACACCUCAGAGUAACCAACGAGGAUUCUGACCGUAAUACACACGCCGCAGGUGGAAGUGACAUGAGACGCGUGUGUGAUGCCGCAAUGACAGCUGGGAAGCAAGAGUUAGCCAGAGACGCGACUUUGAAAACACUGAGUAACAUCGCACAGCGGCGACCAGACUCUGAGACUUGUAAUAAAGCAGCUAACGAGAAUUUGGACCACAGUGCACCUGCUACAGAUGGAAGUGACGUGAGGCGCGUGUGUGAAGCCGCAAUGACACACAGGAAGCACGAAUUAGCCAGAGACGCGACCUCGAAAGCACAGAGUAACACUGCACAGCGGCGACCAAUCACUGAGGUGCGUAGCAGAGGUAACCUGAGUGACAAAGAGCAGCAGUGGGGCGCCUCACUCCUGGUCAGAGCCUGCAGCUGCCGCACCAGGGUCAUUCGUGAAGGUAAGACAAGAUUUGAAAUUGCGACAGAGCAGAGGGACAAAGUUUCAGCCACGCACGCCCCGCCUUGCUUGGAGACACACGUCACACACCACCGCGGAGUGCGAGACUGCAGGAAAAACGUCUUGAACUCCGAAAAUUGUGCUAGAAAAUCUGACGCACUAGUGGCCGCGGUAACUAAAAGAAACGGCUUGGAAAUUCAACAUGUUUCCGCAGUUUCUGAACGUGGCAAAGAUGGUGGUGGUGGUGGUGACAAGCCAGGUGCUGGGGUGACCAGUGCUUCAAACAGGCCUCACACAUUCAUGAUUAGGGACAUACUGGCUUGAGUGUUGCAGUGGAAAAUAACAAUAUCAGAUUACAAUGUCAGACUGUAAUUAGACUUUACAUAUGAACUCUCCUAUGCCCUCCUUUACCUGUCCUUACCUGUCUACCUGUCAUCACUGCAUUCACUAUUGUACAGUGCUCACAAAGAAAUAAAUAAGAAUAACCUCCAA